CCUUGUAAUUUUGUCUUAUUAACUCUCUAUUCUGUUUGCUUAAUUUUAUUUGUACAUUAUGGAGAAUGAUGCCUACUGACUCAAUCCUAUACACACUUCAGUGGAUGAAAGAAAGAACAACAAAAACAGUCUUACUGAUUUAACGGUGGUCUAGUGGUAGCAUCUAUAAAGAGAAAGGUUUCAGGUUCAGUUAUAAGAUCUAUCUAUCUAUCUAUCCAUUCAUCAUCUAUUUUAGCAUUUAUUUUAGAAUUUAGCUACAAUAUUGCCAAAGAGACAAAGAAGCCAAAAGGUGUAGAAAAUAAGGUAAUUUAGGAAAUGAAGCUUCCCCUAGGGGAAAGUAAAAGAAAGUGACAAGGCACACAAAAAAGAAAAUAAAAAAAAAAGUAAAAUAAAAUAGAGAUGGGCAUGAAUUUUCAUAUAAAAUAGGCUAUACAGAAAAUAUAACUGUCGGAGAAAUAAAUCACACAUUUUCCCCCUUUCAGUCAUCGCACCAACAACCUGUCCUAUAGUUAAACAACGCGAGAAUUUCCUACGAGAUUUCGAUGGGCGCGAGAAGACCUGUCGCCGUUUCUCUUCCUCCUUUCGGUUUGUUUUCGAUCAUAAAUCCCGGUAGGAGAUCUUCUCCAUGUGCCAUGAUCCCUGUCAGUCCGCAUGGACAACUUCGGGUGGACCUUCACAUUGCAUUACGCGUUGAUCAGACGGAACGAAACCAACAGAUAUUGCUAUAAAAGAAAUAUUAACUCCGCCGUCUGAGAGAUCUUGUAAUCUAGACCGUGUGUCUGGCUGCGUUAUCGUGCAUAUUCAGGUGGUAGGAGUUUUCCUCUUGCUGAAACACUAGCGGCGGCGGCCUCUGCAUGUAGCUCGGGCUCAAUGGCGUCAGACACCAGCGACACAGAGGAGUUUUAUGAUGCAGCAGAGGAUGUCAACUUCACUCCUACAUAUCAUACGUCACCUGCAAAGUUCGAACUUCCUCAGCCUGAGGGUCUUGCAGAGAAUGUGGCACAGGAAGACGCUGCCGGAUUUGUUCAGUCAGAACCCCAUCAUGAUGAUUCCCUUCAAAUUAUUGACAGUAUUAUAGAAGAGAGUCAGAAGAGUGAAGUCAAUGAUGAGUUGUUGAGAGAAGAAAAGAAAUCUGGAGCCUCAUCUGGAAAGGAGAAGAGCCUAAUAGCAGAAGACCACAGGGAUGAAGAAAGUCCGGUUCGUGAGGUCGCCACAAUACCUCCAGAGGAUACUGAUCUGAAACCACAUGAAGCUGGCCGCACUGAGCAGCUGCCUGAUGUAAGACCACAGGAAGUGAAGUUGCAAGACAUUCAGGAAAGAGCACCAGAUGUGGCUGAUAUCGCCCAAGCAGGCCAGGACCAAGCUGUGACACCUCCUGAUAUUACAAGUGCUUUGGGUCAGCUAUCACAACCUGCCUCCCUUCCCUGUGCUGAAACACCUAAAACAGCUGACAUUUUAGAGCAAGUUCCUAUGGCUGAAUCAGAUGACCCUGGCCCUUCCAAACCUCCCAGACAGUUUACAGUGGAGCCUGACAUUGUGGCUAGUACCAAGAAGCAACCACCCUCAAGACCACCCUUGCCCAGCGGGGCUCCACCUCCUAGACCGCCUCCGCCAACACGCCCCUACUUCCCACCUGGUAUAAAGUCCCAGGAAGUGAUGCGACCAGCAGGACUAGAAGUCUCUGUAGAGCCAGCAGAUGAGCCGUGUGGAUUGGUCAGCCCAAGCGCCUCAGUGCAAUGCACUACUAAAGAACUCCAGCACUCACUGGACCUCGCUAGUGCCACUAGUGGCAAUAAAGUGGUAACUGCACAGGAAAACGACGAGCAAGCAUCUAGUCCUUGUGGCAGUGAGACUCCUGGACCCCAGAGACCAAGGUCUAACUCAGGCAGAGAGCUUACUGAUGAGGAGAUUCUUGCGAGUGUGAUGAUCAAGAAUCUAGACACUGGCGAGGAGAUCCCAUUGAUCCAAGCAGAAGAGAAACUACCCAAUGGAAUCAACCCACUCACACUACACAUCAUGAGGAGAACCAAGGAGUAUAUCUCAAAUGAUGCAGUACAGUCGGAUGAUGAUGAUAAGUCCCAGCCUGCCCUUACAGACACGGAUGGAGGGAAACUCAAACAGAGAACUACACAGUUUAAGAAGUUUCUGGGUAAAUCUGUGAAGAGGGCAAAGCACUUGGCAGAGGAAUAUGGAGAGAAAGCUGUAAAUAAAGUCAAGAGCGUUCGGGAUGAGGUGUUCCACACAGACCAGGACGACCCAUCGUCCAGUGAUGAUGAGGGGAUGCCGUACACCAGACCGGUCAAGUUUAAAGCGGCUCACAGCUUCAAAGGGCCCUUUGACUUUGACCAAAUCAAAGUUGUGCAGGACCUCAGUGGAGAACACAAUGGUGCCGUCUGGACAAUGAAAUUUUCUCAUUGUGGGAGACUGCUCGCUACAGCAGGGCAGGAUAAUGUGGUUCGGAUCUGGGUCCUAAAAAAUGCUUUUGACUAUUUCAACAACAUGAGAAUAAAAUACAAUACAGAAGGACGUGUAUCCCCAUCACCCUCUCAGGAGAGCCUGUGUUCCUCUAAAUCAGAUACAGAGGGAGGGUUUGGUGCGGCAGUGGAAGACACAGACACUGAGGACAGAAAUGUGCCAUUCCGACAGGUUCCAUUCUGCAAGUAUAAGGGUCAUACUGCUGACCUGUUAGAUCUUUCCUGGUCGAAGAACUACUUCCUCCUGUCAUCAUCUAUGGAUAAGACGGUUCGUCUGUGGCACAUCUCCAGGAGAGAGUGUCUCUGCUGUUUUCAACAUAUCGACUUUGUUACAGCCAUCGCAUUUCAUCCCAGGGAUGACAGGUAUUUUUUGAGCGGAUCUUUGGACGGAAAGUUGCGGUUAUGGAAUAUUCCUGAUAAAAAGGUGGCACUGUGGAAUGAGGUAGACGGACAGACGCGUCUGAUUACAGCAGCGAACUUCUGCCAGAAUGGAAAAUACGCAGUUAUCGGCACCUACGAUGGACGCUGCAUUUUUUAUGACACAGAGCGUCUCAAGUAUCACACUCAAAUCCAUGUUCGCUCCACGAGAGGCAGGAAUCGUGUUGGCCGCAAAAUCACUGGUAUCGAGCCGCUGCCAGGAGAGAACAAGAUCUUGGUGACGUCGAAUGACUCUCGUAUUCGCUUGUAUGACCUGAGAGAUUUGUCUCUUUCUAUGAAGUAUAAAGGCUACGUGAACAGCAGCAGUCAGAUAAAAGCCAGCUUCAGCCAUGACUACUCUUUCAUUGUGAGUGGCUCAGAGGACAAGUAUGUGUACAUCUGGAGCACAUACCACGACCUCAGCAAGUUUACUUCUGUACGGCGAGACCGCAAUGACUUCUGGGAAGGGAUCAAAGCCCAUAAUGCUGUGGUGACUUCGGCCAUUUUUGCUCCCCAUCCGGAUCUUAUUGUGCCUCAGGAGCCAGGGGCAGAAAAGCCUGACUCAGAUUCUAAGAGUGACAGUACGGAUGACUCCGAGACCAUCCCAUCAGGGGCGCUGAAAACAGACCACUGUGAAGUUUUGCUCUCUGCUGAUUUCACUGGAGCCAUUAAAGUGUUUGUCAACAUUAAGAAAUACUGAGUUCUGAACACACCUAGUAAAAAAAAAAAAAAAUAUAUAUAUAUAUAUGAUUGAAAAACUCUUCAGAUUGUGGACAGAGCUGAAACAGAGGACAAAAGACAAAAUGCAGUGCCACUUUACAGCUGAGACCCCAUUCACUGACCCAAUCAGCUGCUGCAGUGUGCUCUGAGAGGCGGAGAUUUCAAGCCCUGCCUUAUUCACAGAGAACAGGGACCCAGGAAGUUGAAGGAUGGGGAUGGUUCAGUAACAGGGAUAAAUGUCUUUAUAGCUAAACACAUUGCUAUCCUUUACCUUCCUUUCUUUUUCAUAGAUUAAUUUCAUUUGGAGAGGAAUUAUUGUAUUGUUAUUGUACACAAAAGGGCUUUAAAUUGCACAGAUCAAUGGUGCUAUUGAAUGAAACUGCAAGACUGUUUGGAGAGAAUUGAUAGGAGCACCAUACACCCAAAGCCUUUUAUUUUCCCCUGCACACUCUAACCCCAAAGUCAAUGUUUCUGACAAACAGUGUUGCACAUUUCCAACAUUAGCACUGACUAAAUUCAUUUGUUUAAAACCCUCUAUCAGUGUUAUUUAGUAAAAUAUAACUGAACCUGAUUUUUGUGUGUAUGAUUCCAGAAAUAAAAAAGGGGUUUCCCUAUGUAUGGUGUUUUAAUUUGUAUGUAUUAAAACAAGUUUUUCAUUGGUGUAAAUGAGAGAUCCAGUUUGUCUCCUUGUGCUCCAUUCUAAUCAGCAAUCACUAUACCGACUGGUUAAAAUACAAGUCCUUGCAUAAUAUUUACACCAAAACAUCUGUCCUUACACAAUGUUUUUAAUGUAAAGUUUGAUGAUGUAUGGGCCAAUCUUGCAGCAAUUU